AUGUUCUCAAAAUCCGUCCUUGUCUUCAUGUUUCCGCUCGCGCUGACGUUCGCAAGCCCGCUACAAGAUGCCGGAGAUCAAACGAUACAACUCUCGUCUGUAGAUUUCCGCUCGCCUGCAAACCUGUCUGACGAUGAAACUGCAAUACGGCUCAACGUAUCAAACGAGAUACGGAUCCAAUGUGACGGAGAAAAAUACGGCUUCAAUCCCGACGUUGGCGACUGCGAGAAUGCCAGAUCUUACUACAAGCGCUCUUCAACGCCUUUUACUUACGGAGAACGCCAUUCUGGCCACGGGAUCAACGUCUUCCCACUCCCUUACCGACUCAUGGGAGACGAAGCGCUGUGCUACCUCGAACCGGUCUUGAUUGACAGCUCAUUGGGGACUGGCGUCGCCAGCAUCAAUCAACUCAGCAAUGCCGCGUAUGAGUUGAUUUUGCAAUGUGCGGUGAGGCAGUCCAAAGGCGGAAUCGCAACUGGAAUAGGAGGACAAAACAUGGCAGUUGUCCUUGGUACAUAUCACCCGGAUGUGCAGUGUCGAGGAACCUUCGGCCCAUGGGCCUCGUGCAGGAGUAUACUAGGUGACAUGCCUACUCUCGCGGCAACGGAGAUCUUCGGUCCACCAGAGGAUCUCACGGUCCAGGUUCCUCUUCCACAGUUUUUGGAAUCCAGUGAUAGUAAGUGCAUGAUGCGAAUCUUUGGCAGAGGGGGUCGAGACAUCACAUCGUGGUUCAAGGUCUGGGAAGCCGCCACAGCGGUGUAUGCGGUCUGUGUGAGGCAUCAGAAAGUAGGGAGCUUUCGAGGUCUCGGCGAGCUGGGAAACAUUUUCUUUACUAUGACUGCCCAAACACCUAAGCUAGGUAACUUGUCCACGACUCCAAUGUCUACCGAUGAUGCUCUCUCCGAAGUUUGA